AUGCUUUGUAACCUGGAAUCUAUAUUCUCAUUACUUCAACACAUAUCUCGAACUGUAUCUUUUUUGCAAGGCGUAAUAUUUCCCAGUUCUUUCUUCCACAUCUACAGACGAGAGACAUUUUCACUUCUUUCUGCUUUUGAAAAGUGGGAUCACUCUUUCUCUCUCUGCUUCUUUCUUUCUUUCUUUCUUUCUAACAUUUUCCUUUCUUUCCUUCUUUUUUCUUUCUUUCCUUUUUCUUCUUUUAUCCUUUCUUUUUCUCUUUUUCUUUCUUUCUUUCUUUCUUUCUUUUCUAUUUUCUUUUUUCUUUCUUUUUCUUUCUUUCCUUCUUUCAUUCAUUCUUUCUUUCAUUCAUUCUUUCUUUCUUUCUUACUGUCUUCUUUCUUUGUUCUAUCUUUCCUUUUUUCUCUCUUCUUUCAUUCUUUUUUCUCUUUCUUUCUUUUUGAAUCUUCUUUCUUUCGUUUUCUUUCUUCUUCUUUCAUUAUUUUAAACUUCUUUCUUUCUUUCUUUCUUCCUUCUUUCAGCUAUCUUUUUUCUUUCUUUCCUUUUUCUUUCUUCUUUCAUUCUUUCUUUCUUUCAUUUUGUAACGUCUUUCUCUUUUUCUUUCUUUUUUAUUUUUCUUCUUUCCUUUCUUUCCUUCUUUCUUUCUUUUUCUUUUUUCUUUCUUUCCUUUUUCUUUCUUUUUUCACUUUCUUUCUUUUUCUUUCUUUCUUUCUUCUUUCAUUCUUUCUUUUUCCCUCUUUCUUUUCUUUUUAUCUUCUUUCUUUAUUUUCUUUCUUAUUCUUUCUUUAUUUUUUCUUUCUUUCUUUCAUCUUUCUUUCUUCUUUCUUUUUCUCUCUUUUCUUUUUCUUUCUUCCUUCAUUCUUUCUUUUUUUCUCUCUUUCUUUCCUUUUUAUCUUCUUUCUUUUUUCUUUCUUUAUUUCAUUCUUUCUUUCGUCUUUCUUUCGUCAUUCUUCCUUCCUUUCUUUCUUUCCUUCUUUCUUUCUAUGCAAUUUCUUCUCUCGUGUUAAAUCUAUCUAUCUAUCUAUCUAUCUAUCUAUCUAUCUAUCUAUCUAUCUAUCUAUCUGCAGUAGUCUGUUAUUUAUUUAUCUGUCACUGUUAAUUAUCUAUCUAUCUAUCUAUCACUCUCUUUAUCUAUCUCUCUCGCGAUCACCUCUGUUAAUUAUCUAUCUAUCGAUCGAUCUAUCGAUCUAUCACCCUCUGUUAAUUACUUAUAUAUCUAUCUACCUAUCUAUCUAUCUGAAUCAAAUUUCUUCUUUCGUGUUAAAUCUAUCUAUCUAUCUAUCUAUCUAUCUAUCUAUCUAUCUAUCUAUCUGCAACAGUUUAUUAAUUAUCUAUCUCUGUAGCUAG